AUGUUAUCUGAGGAGCCAGCACCGCCGUUGACUCUGCCACCACACAUCGCCGCCCGGUUCUACCGCAAAAGUAGCAAAGCGCGACGCUCAUCUGCCGCCUCAUCACGAAGAAGCUCGAUUUCGUCCCUAAACUCGCAUCGUUCGAACGCCUCAUCGAAUGGCGCGCCCAGCGCGGAUCAUAUUGCUCAACAUCUUCGACGCACAUCCAUUCUCGAGAGCCGAAAGGCAAGACUAGCCGACCGCGCAUUACAUGCGGAGAGGGUAAGAGUUCGGGCUGCUCUGGCGAAAGCAGCCACUCGGAAUCUGCAAAUCGAGGAGAGAGCACUGGCUGCCCAGCAGGCUCGGGAGCGUCUGCUGGCCGAAAUCACCGCCAAGUGCGAGGAUCAGGUCAAGCGAGCUAAAAAAAAGGCCGAGGAUCAACGAGAGAAACAGGCUGCAGAGCACGCUCGCUUGCGUUUGGAAAUGGUGGAGAAAUUCGCCGAGGCAGAGAAACGGCGAACGCUGUACCAACAAACUCAUCGGCGCCAACGCACGAGCAGUUUGCCGGCUGCAGAGGAAAAUAAGAUGGCCCGAACGGUUACCAAAUCGCUCACCCAGGAUGCAGCCGCCCGAAAGAUUCAAAGGGUGUGGAAAACCCACCAUGCUAAGAGGGUCAUGCAGCAGUUCCAAGGGCUAGGUCUCUCGGUUGACCGCAUUCGAGAAAUGGACUUUGAACAGGUGGGAGCUCUUCUCUCCAACCGGGGAGUACUCGAUACCAUGACCCAAGUCCUUCGGCUCUGCGGACUGCAGGAUAUGGAAGGCGGCGCGAUGGGCGAGCGGGGCGCGGUGCGCACGUUCCUCAGCAGCUAUCUCAUCGUCACGCAUCCGACCGAGGUCUUGAGUAGCAAUGGUGAGCAGGAGCAAGAUCUCAUCGCCAAGGCACAAGAGUUGUUGGUGGCCUUUAACCAGGUCACUGCUCUGCUGUCGUCUGGUUGUUGCUCGCCAGUCGUAAUCACUGCGGACCUCCAGGUGUUGUGUGAAUCGCAUAAUGUCUUUUUCUCGGCUUUCCAUGCGUGGAAGUCGCAUGACUCUAGUGUUUUGAUCGAAAUUAUGCUGGCGCAGUUUGUGGAACUAGAGAUGAUCUGGCAGACGGUCAAAGAUGAUCAAGCUGGCGGUGUUGCAGAGGACUACCGACAAGGUAUCCGGCAAAACCAGAUUCUCCUUUUGGCCCGCUUGAAACGACUUGCGGGCUCUGAUCGGGCAAUGCAGAUGGUCAGGGAUUCACUGAAGAAGGCCAAGCGAGAGAAAAAGCGCGCCGCCUCCAAACAGGCCAUCCCACGGUCUGCCGAAGUUGCGCCGUCUUCUACAGAUGUCCUGACAGAGGGUGUCACAUCACCUAUCAGUGAGACAUUCAACAACGUUGAUUCUGCAGUCCUGAAGGAACUGGACAAGCAGCGAGCGUCUCCGCAUGAGCGGUUUACCAAAAUCCUCACUGCUCUCCCCGAAAAUCGAGUCUUGGUACACGAGCUUCUCAUCAACAAAGAAUUCAAGGUUGAGGAGGUGCCAUAUACCGAGCCACGAAGGCAGGUCAUGAAGCACAUGUGCGAAAUGAUGAGGAGAGAUGUUGAUGCUGGGUUCGGCACUGACUGGACCGUCGCCAUGGCUACCGUCAUCCAAGACCGUCUUUUGCGCUCUCUGCGGCCUGGAAAUUCCCUUCAUGUGUUGAUCAGCGAGGUUUUGGAUCCAAAACUGAUCGAGGGCCAAUGCAAAGCUGGCACGUUCUCCUACGAGAAUUUCUUCGAAUUUAUGAACAACAUUCUACCCCGUCUUUGUGCCCCAGUCCGCGAUUCUGCGGCCAAGGCAUUCGCCGAAGACACUUCAGGGGAUGCCAUCGAUCGACUGGCACGGUUAAUGGGUAUUAUUGAUCUACUCUCGCUGGAUCACACGAAUUUCAUGAUUCAAGUUGCCGCACCCCAGCUAAUUCAAGAAGCCCCGGGCUACGAGCAGCGUACGUUUGAUCGGGAGGUUGUCGACGGGUCUAUCAGCCUGGGCAAAACCCGGCGAUUCUGGCGGACCAACCGAAAAGUCAUCGUCGACGAAAUGAAGAAACGGGAUCCGGAGCGUAUCCACGGAGAACCUCGCCCGCCGCCUGCUCGAGUCUAUGCCCAAGGGCUCACGGAUCUGGCAUUGAGCAACGCCGCUGUCUCGGAGGAAUUAACACCAGAAACUUUGGCUCUGGACCAUCAGCGACUGGAGCGACUGCACGCAAAGGCGUUUCAAAUUGUAGCGACGGCUUCUAUUCUGCUGACUGCGAAGAACCUGCUCAAACGGGAUGCGCGAUCGCAAUGGAAGCCUGAUGCAGACAGAAUCUUAUCGCUGGACUUUAAUGAGAUCAGUGCGGAACGGGUGCAGUCGAUCCUUGAAUCGACCCAUCCCAUGCCAGCCGCUGCGAGUGCCCAGCUUGCCGCUACCAUCCGGAGAGUUCUUGCGCCUGUUGCUACGGCAUGUAGGGCAGCGGCACCGUCAAUCGCAGUAGAGGUUACUCCAGAUCACACUUCCUCGGAAAAUCCCUCAUCAUCCCUUGAUUCCCAUGGGUUCUCUGCACCCAGCUUUUCCGAUCCGGUUGCACGACUCAUGCUUUCGCGUCUCCGGAGUCACAUUCUCUCUCGUCUCAGCGCAUCGAGCGCCUCGGAGCGGGUGCGGGCAACCACCACUGCCAGUCAGAGUCUGGCAGGGGCUGGAAUGCCCGAGUUUGUCAGUGAGGUGGGACAGUUAGUCGAUGAGCUAGAGAAAGUCCGGGAGGUGGACUGGCUCUGCCAUAGUGCAGUAUACGAACGCCUAUAUGAAGAAGGCGUUUCUACCCAAUGA